AUGACUGCACCACCACCACCACCACCACCACCUGAACAGCAAGACAAGAUGCGUCAAGCCGACAACUCUGGCAUCGUCACCGGAUCCAAGCCCGCGACUGUGAGCAAGCAGUAUCCGCAGUCGACGUUCAACGAGACCAAGGUCGACCGCGAUUCCUUCUACGGGGCUAUCCGCACCAUCUUCGCCGACAGCGUCCUCAAGACCCAGCUCGAGCAGCUCCGCAAGCAGGGCAGCUACGAGGCGUUCAAGCUCCAAUGGCACCCUUCCUACGACGUGAGGCCCCUCCAGGGUGCCAAGGCUCGUAACGAUGGUAUCCCCCCGUCCUUGUUCUGGGAGUCGGACGUCGGCAAGUGGGUCGAGGCCGCAUGUUACUUCCUCAUGUCUGGCGAGGCGAGCUCGCACAAGGCCGAGUUUGACGCCGCCAUCACCGAGCUGGUCAACAUGAUCGAGAGCGCUCAGCAGCCCGACGGCUACCUCAACAUCUACUUUACCGUUGUCGACCCGGCCGGCCGCCUCAAGAACUUGCGCGACAUGCACGAAAUGUACAACGCAGGCCACCUUCUCGAGGCUGCUUUGGCGCACUACCAGUACACCGGCUCGCGCCAGUUCCUCGACGUCAUGAUCCGCAACGUCGAGUUCUUCAUGAAGGAAGUGGGUCCUAACGAGGGCCAGAUCCACGGAUACCCCGGUCACCCCGAGCUCGAGCUGGCCUUGUUCCGCCUGUACGCCGUGACCCGCGACCAGCGUCACCUCGAGUAUGUGCGGUACCUGCUCAACGAGCGUGGUGUCUCGCGCCCCGAGUACGACAACUUCUACCACCACGAGGCAAAGCUGCGCGACGACAUCCUCAACAACAAGGUCGAGUACCAGCAGGCGCACAAGCCGAUUGUGGACCAGGAGAACAUCCUCGGCCACAGUGUGCGCGCGUUCUACCUCCUCGUCGCUGCUGCCGACGCUGGUGGCCAGCUCCAGGUGGCUGCGCGUCGACUCUUCGACCAGGCCGUUAGGGGCAAGAUGUAUGUCACCGGCGGCUUCGGGUCCGAGCCAAGCUUUGAGGGCUUCCACGAGUACGAGCACGUUCUGCCCCAGUCCACGGCCGAGGGAGGUUGCUACGCCGAGACCUGUGCCAGUAUCGCCGCCAUGAUGACCGCCGAGCGCUUCCUCGCCGACAAGCUCGAUGGCAGCGUGCGCGACACGCUCGAGCUCGCGUUCCUCAACGCUGCGCUGGGAGGCGCGUCGCUCGAUGCCAAGGCAUUCUCGUAUGCCAACAAGAUGGCCACAUGCUGUGACGAGACUGCGUUCCGCAAGGAGUGGUUCGAGGUGUGCUGCUGCCCGCCCAACCUCUCCCGCACCCUCGGUCUGUUGGGAGGAUACACCUGGUCUGCCAACGUGGAUGCCGACAACAAGAGCAUUUCGCUCAACGUCCUCCUCCUCCUGUCUGCCACCCGCACCAUCCCCCUCGGCGACGGCGUCACUGCCACAGUGACGAUGAAGUCGGGCAUGCCGUUCCAGGGCCACACCACGUUCGAGUUUGCCGCGCCAGAGGGUUGGUCAUGGGACCUGCACCUCCCAUCGCCAGGCUACGCGACCGACGUCACCGUGUCUGUCCCCACCACCGCCGACAACGGCUUCCUCGCCGCCACCCUCCCGGCCACCGCCUCCGUCUCGCUCGACUUCAACCUCCCCGUCCGCAUCCUCGCCUCCAACCCGGCCGCACAUGACCUCCUCACCGUCACCCGCGGUCCGAUCGUGUACGUUGCCGAGAGCGUCGACAAUGUGGCCCUCGACGAGCGCUUCCCGCACUUUGAGGGUGUGGGCCUCACCACCACGGCGACGUUUACCGAGAGCGAGGAGACCCUCGAGGGCGUCACUGUCACAUUGCUCACCAGCGCAAGCGGUGACUUUAAGCACCUGGACCGGUGGGACCUGAACCAGGGCUACACGGUCGCCAAGCCAGCGACGUGGUCGCCAGUCGAGGACAAGGUCACCCUCGUUCCGUGGUUUGCGCGCGCGAACCGUGGUGGCGCCGGUCGUCUCCGUACCAGCUUUGCGCGUGCAGCAUGA